UAUGAAUCACUUCCCUAAACUGACCUCAUUCCUAAAAAUCGCCGGAAAGGGCAAGUGAAAUGAAGAUAUAUCUGCAUUCCUUCUCUCUGCGGAUCAUUCUCGGUGCUUUACGGUAAAUUUGGCCUAUCAAGUUUGUCAACGUUAAACGCUACACCAAAACCUACGCCUUGGGAGUUGUGAUGGGGGAUAAGUUUUCCAGAAGUUUGAGUCUAACUGGGAUAUAACGAUCUAGGAAUCUACAAAGUGCGAAACGAGCAUUUAAUAGCGACAGUUUCCUCGGGGGUGUGUCGUCGUCCAAUAGCCUUAUGGCUAGUUCUGAGACAGAUGCAGCAAAAAGGUGGCAGAAAUGCGUGGACACCGUGCUGUGCAACAUUACUAAGGAACAGCUGAAAUCUAUCGAAAACAACAGUGAGGAACGGAACUUUUUUGUGGUACAUCACCUGGCAGACCUAAAAGAAGUUUGCAUCUCUCCUCUCAUUCAUGGCACACCUAUCACCUGUAAAGUGGAAAACACAGAGCGAUACACCACACGCUCCAAGGUACGUGUGUGCACUCUGUACACGGUCCGUCUGACACAUGGCAAUUUCACAUGGACGGUAAAAAGAAAGUACAAGCACUUCCAGGAGCUCCACAGAGACCUGUACAAACACAAAAUGAUGCUGCAGUUCUUGCCUCUGGGGAGAUUUGCCAUUCAGAGACAACAGCUGGCAAGUUUGCCAGAGGAAAUGCCAACUUUACAUGGAAUCAACAGAAUCAGGAGAACGUCUAGCAAACCGAAAUAUCUGGAGGAAUAUUUAAAUAACUUACUAGAAAACACUUUCUACAGGAACUAUCAUGGGAUGUUGGACUUUCUGGAAAUCAGUCCACUUUCCUUCAUCAGAGACCUUGGACCCAAAGGCCUUGAAGGUUAUAUUCUGAAACGGUCCGGGGGUCACCGCAUCCAGGGGCUCAACUGCAUCGGACAUCAUCAGUUCUGCUUUCGCUGGUCUCGUCGGUGGCUUGUGGUGAAGGAUUCGUUCCUCCUGUACAUGUCCAGAGAUCCUGGCGUUGUGUCGUUUGUUCUGCUGUUCGAUCCUGAGCUGAAGGUGUUGGUUGGACGUGUUUACACUGAUACCAAGCAUGGCGUCUGCAUCGAGAACUUCAGCAGGAAGCUGGUGAUUAAGUGCAAUAGCUACAGACAGGCCUUGUGGUGGAGUCAUGAGAUUCGGAGUCUCUCUGAGCGCUGUGAUUUCCACCAGAUGAAUCGCUAUGAAGGCUUCGCCCCACCCAGACCGGACACCCUCACAAAGUGGUAUGUUAAUGGGAAUGGCUAUUUCUCAGACCUGGCAGAUGCAUUGCAACAGGCCAAGGAGGAGAUCUUCAUCACCGAUUGGUGGCUCAGUCCAGAGGUUUUCCUCAAACGUCCAGCUACAGGAACAUACUGGCGCUUGGACAAGAUUCUCAAACGCAAAGCAGAACAGGGUGUGAAGGUGUGUGUGUUGUUGUAUAAAGAGGUGGAACUGGCUCUGGGGAUCAACAGCGGCUACAGCAAGAGAACACUGAUGAACCUGCACCCCAAUAUUAAGGUGAUGCGUCACCCUGAUCACGUGGCCUCAGUUGUGGUUCUCUGGGCCCAUCAUGAGAAAAUGGUUUCCAUCGACCAAUCAGUGGCCUUUGUGGGUGGGUUGGAUCUUGCAUUUGGGAGGUGGGAUGACAGCGACUAUAGGCUAAGUGAUUUGGAUCCCCCCAAAACAGCCAAUAAUGCAGAGACUGCCCAAGAGUCUAAUACUGUGGAUGGCUCUGCCGUCCCUCUGACAGAACCUGCGUCAGAGUGUGAGGAUGAAGUAGAUCUGAGCUGUAAUGCCCUCUUGUGGCUGGGAAAAGAUUACAGCAACUUUAUCAAGAGAGACUGGACACAGCUGGAUCAGCCCUUUCAAGACAAUGUUGACAGAACUCAGGUGCCGCGCAUCCCCUGGCGAGACCUGGGUGCAGUGCAUCAUGGGAAGGCAGCCAGAGAUCUUGCACGGCACUUCAUCCAGCGCUGGAACUUCACAAAGAUCUUUAAGAACAAGUACAAGGAUGACUUCUACCCGUACCUACUGCCAAAAUCCCACUGCACAGCAGAUAAGCUGCCAUUCACCAUUCCCGGUGCCACAAAAGCCUCUGUACAGGUUCUUCGUUCUGUGGAUCGCUGGUCUGCUGGCACAUGUGAACAGUCUAUCCUCAAUGCCUAUAUACAUGUUAUUGAAAACAGCGAGCAUUACAUUUAUCUAGAGAAUCAGUUCUUCAUCAGCUGCUCAGAUCAGAAGAAUGUACUCAACACCAUUGGAGACGCUAUUGUCAAACGGAUCCUACGGGCUCACAGUGAGGGGAAGAAGUACAGGGUGUUUGUCGUAAUUCCCCUACUGCCUGGCUUUGAGGGUGACAUCAGUCAGGGAGGAGGAAAUGCCAUUCAGGCUAUACUGCACUUCACCUACAGAACAAUUAAUCGAGGAGAACACUCCAUUCUCUCAAGAUUAAAGGAGCAAAUGCAGGAUGAAUGGACACAGUAUAUUUCUCUGUGUGGUCUGCGCACAAACUCUCAGCUCGGCCAGUCCCCUGUUACAGAGCUCAUCUACGUCCACAGCAAAGCACUCAUCGCUGACGACCGUUGCUACAUCAUAGGGUCAGCUAACAUCAAUGACAGGAGCAUGCUGGGCAGUCGUGACAGUGAGCUGGCAGUGCUGGUGGAGGAUGAGGAAAGAGUUCCCUCAGUCAUGAACGGAGAGGAGUACCAGGCUGGACCACUAGCACUUGCCUUACGAAAGGAGUGCUUUAGCGUACUUCUUGGAGCAAAAUCUGACCCAAAUCUGAACAUUGAUGAUCCAAUCAGUGAUCAUUUCUUCAAUGAUGUUUGGAACAGAAUCGCCCAAACAAAUGCCAGCAUCUAUGAGAAGGUCUUCCGAUGUCUUCCGCUGGAUUGCGUCCGCAACUUGCGUGAGCUUCAGGAACACGUGAAUGCUCAAAACCUUGGCCUUACUGACCCGGAGGAAGCCAAAGAAGAACUACAGGGCAUCAAGGGCAUCUUGGUCCAUUUUCCUUUGCACUUCCUGUGCGAGGAGAACCUUCUCCCGCCACUUAAAAGCAAAGAAGGAAUGGUUCCUACGGAGGUGUGGACGUAACCGUGAAGAGUGUCGAAUAUUUUGAAGUGUGCCAGUGAAACUGAAGGUUUCAGAGUUAUCACACAUCUAAGAUGGAAGCUACAGUGGUUAACUGCCACACUUUUUGUCCAUUUUGGUUUGUACUCAAAGUGCCCCUAUUAUGCCAUUUUGGGAGUCCCGUAAAUAGGACUACAUGCAUGCAAGAUCAAAAAAAAACCAACACAUUGGUAUUCUCUAAAUAUGCAUUUAAUAUCACUAGGGUGGCCAUAUGCUGCAUUUAUACGGGAUACAUCCAGGCCAGGAUUUUAAUAUUGAGAGCUAUAGAGAGCAGAGCAGAUGACUUCUUAUGCUUUCGAAUCCCUUUCGCACCUACUUUGGUGUGUUUUUUGAUCGGUGCACAGCAACCCUUCAAGUCAAACGAACAAACAAACAAGUCCACAUAACAAACAUAUUUGCAUCACUUUGAUCAUUCCCUGUAGAUCUCACCUUCUCACAUGCAGACCCACGAAUGAUGUUAUGUACAGUACCUGAAUGUUUUUGGUCUAACUGCUAUGGAUGUUUUAGGCAAUAUUAAAAUCCUGGCCUAGGACGUGUCCCGUAUGAACGGCGCAUAUGACUACCCUUAUUAUCUCCUCUUUUUCCAGCGAUUCUCAAACGAUUCUUUCGAAUGAGUUCAAAGAUUCAGUCUCUCUAAACCCCUCCUUCCGUGAGCCUGCUCUGCUCUGAUUGGUCGAACGGCCCAGUCUGUUGUGAUAGGUUUACGGCAUACAUCGCAUGUUGGAAACGAUACGCCCACUGUCAUAGUUCUGCAUUUUAAACGCUCUAUAGAAAAUCCAAAUAAAUAAACCAAAUAAACUGGAUACUGAGACCUCUUUCAGAAGCAAUAGUUUUUUGAAUCCAGCAUUGAACUCACAGAGAUGAGAGAAACAGUAGAAUGACAUGUUUGUGGGCGGAGUCAAGCUUUUUCACGGCUGGCCAAUGUAGAAUAUAGGUGUGCGUUAGACAAGUGUGUCACCCUUUGACGUGUAGCCGUCACAGAUGUGGAAUUGUAAUUACUAACGACUCGUUCAGGCUGUACAAAGUCGAUUCUUUAUUUUUGGAGGCAAUAACUUUAUUCAUCGUGCACUUUAAGCUUUUCAACUUUGCAGAUCGUUAACAUUCACAUACAGCUACAUUACACUGCAUGAAAGCCAAUAUUGGAAAUGGCAUAAUGGGGCACUUUUAAGUAAUACUAGUAAGUGAAUGAUUAGGUCUGAACACUAACCCAUAUUAGUGUGGAACAUUAGUGUAGAAAAACUAAAUGAUCUUGUAUGAGGAGAUAAACGUUUAUACUAAAA